GGCUGACCCGCUCUGAUCUCGGAGGAAGGGUGGCUUCCGGACCGGAAGUACCUUCGGUUGCCAAGGGAACGCCACACGCCCAGUCGCCGUCCCUUGGACGGAUGCGUGGGUUGCGACUCGGGCUACCGUUCGCCCAACUAGUGGAGGCGGCGGCUUUGGUCAGGACCAGGUAUCCUGAGAGACUGUAACGAGCGAGUGCGUGUCCAUUCCUGCCCCUCAUCAGCUCCGGGGCCCACAGAACUAACCUCAAAGACCAGGAGAAAACUUGAUUCAAGUUGGACAAAUGGAGAACCUGACAUGAACCCCAUUCCUUGGCUAGCUUGUAAAUAUUUGAAUCAUAUUAUGGGAUUACUAGACAGACUUUCAGGGUUGCUUGGUCUGAAGAAGAAGGAGGUUCAUGUUUUGUGCCUUGGGCUGGAUAAUAGUGGCAAAACAACAAUCAUUAACAAACUCAAACCUUCAAAUGCUCAAUCUCAAGAUAUAGUUCCAACAAUAGGAUUCAGCAUAGAGAAAUUCAAAUCAUCCAGUUUGUCUUUUACAGUGUUUGACAUGUCAGGUCAAGGAAGAUAUAGAAAUCUCUGGGAACACUACUAUAAAGAUGGACAAGCCAUUAUUUUUGUCAUUGAUAGUAGUGAUAGAUUAAGAAUGGUUGUGGCCAAAGAAGAACUUGAUACUCUUCUGAACCAUCCAGAUAUUAAGCACCGCCGAAUACCGAUCUUAUUCUUUGCAAACAAAAUGGACCUUAGAGAUGCAGUGACAUCCGUGAAAGUGUCUCAGUUGCUGUGUUUAGAGAACAUCAAAGAUAAGCCAUGGCAUAUUUGUGCUAGUGAUGCCAUAAGAGGAGAAGGACUGCAAGAAGGUGUAGACUGGCUUCAAGAUCAGAUCCAGACUGCGAAGACUUGAAAAGAUAGUAUUUGGAAACCUUGGCAUUUCUCAGUUCAAGGAACAUAUCUUAAGACAAACUGAAUACAUUAAAUUUUUGUAAAGAUAUUGGUGCAUCUAAAAACAUUUUAUGAUCUGCUCGUAUUUAUGGACUCUGAAUAAACUUUAUAAGAAUGUAGGAUUACAGAUAUCCUAAUCUGGCCAUUAAUUAUAUGAAAACAAAUCCUCAGAAGGGCUUCCCAAACUAUCAACUUCUUGGUAAAGGUCUUGAUUGUAGUAAGAAUGUUUAUUCAGUUAAAUCCAUCUCACUAUCUCAUCAUGAAUUAUGAUAUUUUAAAUGUAUUUUAUUUUUUAGUUAUCUUCUAAAAAUUAGGUUUAUAGUAGGACUGCAGUAUGAUUGUGCUAGUGAAAAGGAACUUUAAAUAUUUAUAAGGGACCAUAGUUCAUUAAUGUGUGUUUAGGUUUUUACUAUAUAUCACCAUCAGUAAAUCAAAAUGUGAUAUACCAACUAAUGUGCUUUGUUUAUGAUGAAAGAAUAAUGCUGUGUUAAUGCGACGUUGGUGUUUUACUAUGAGACAUUAGUAGAUCUGAGACCAAGUUAUGCUGAAGUUCUUUGUCCAAUGAGUGUGUAUUAAACAUCUCUAUACCAGUACUAGUCUGGCAUUAUCCUACACAAUGGUGAUUGAUACAAGGUAAAUAAGAUACAUUCCUUAUCCUCAGAGAACUUAAAAUUUAAUGAGGGACCAUUUGAGAAUCUUUUAAUAUAUCACAUUUAAUUUUAUUUCAUUGGCUGAGUGAAAAUAUUUUAUCUUCAGAUUGGGUUAUAAAAAUUAAUGUGUAAUUCUUUAAUAAUUAUAACUGACUGCUUAUUUCUUUAAAAUUCCCCCAGUUUGCUAUAGUAUGCUGUUAAAAUAGACUGUGACUCACCAAACUGUUUUUUUCUCUGAACAUAAACUGCUACAUAAAUGUUCUUUAGAAUUUUAGACAUAUCUCAGGUCUCUACAGUAGGAAAUUGUGUUAUUCUCACAACUUAAUUAAAGACCACUUAGAAUUAUGAACUCUAAAUAGAAACUUUGAUUUUAAAUCAAACACUAGGAAACUGUACAAAGCAGUGGUAUCAAUUCUGAAAAUUUUUGCGUAUAAAGAAAAAGUAGAAUAUUUGGUUUGUAACAUCUUAAACAUCCUUAGCUGUGAAAAUACUUUUUAAAAAAAAAAACAGGCAAAAGGUGAGUAAUAAAAAGGUGUUAUAGUAACUGCAGUUGUUGUAUAUUUCCGAGAUUUGAAUAAAAUUUUUAAGGCUAUAGUAAAAGUUCUGUAAUUUACUUUCUCAUAGUCCUGAAAUCCCAUUGAUUUGGAAUUUAGCAAAUUGAGAGUUACUCAGGGUCUUCCAGUGAUCUAGCAUGUUAAGCUACCUUGCCAGCCAUUUAUAAAUUGUUUUGAUGAGAAUAAAAAGUGAGACUCAGUAACUGAAUUGACUCAAAUAUAAAAGGGACAUAAUGAUGAAAACACUGAAUGUGAUAUACCAAAACAACAACAACAACUGUUAUUCCUUAACAAUUUUAGGAAGAUGCAGAAAGGGGCGAUUAAGAGAAUUCAAGUCCUCAUCCGUCAUUUGGUAAUAAUAGCGAUACUAAUAGUUAUCACUCCAAUCACUAUAUUUUGAGCAAGGUAUAUCAUAUAUGUGAUUUGGUAUCAUUUAAUCCUCGGUAGCUUUAUGUGGUAGGCUCUAUUAUUUGGUUGCUAGACAAGAAAAUUAAGGCCUAAAAAUGUUUUUAAAAUUUGCCAAAGGUCACAGAGCUAGGGAAUGGUGGCGCUGGGAUUCAGAACCAAACAAUCUGUUUAAAAUAGAUGAUUCAGGAGACAAGGGUGUUACAGAUAUUAGAAAUGGACAGAUACCUGCCAUAAAAAUAGCUAAAAGGAUUGAAAGGUGUCUCACUGUGGAGGGAGACCAGGAUUGGAAUGGGAGGUGGUCAGAGAUGAAGGACUGCUGCUUUUUUCUUGCUACUUCUUUUAAGUCUAUUAUCACUUCACAUUUUAAACUCUGGACACAAUUGACCGAUAAAAAUAAUUCUCAUGUUGGUAUUCAGUUAAUUAGUAUUCUACAAACUAUAGUAACUCACACUUAUGCAAAUAUUUAGGCAAAAUAGAAGUACCUUUUCCUUUGUUUUUAUGAUCUUCAGAUCUGGUUUACAUUAUGUAAACAUCCAUUUUUACUCUACAAUUUCAUGUCAAGAUUAUGUAGAAGCAAAUUGGGCAACAGUAGCCAUAGGAUGCCAUAUAAGUGUAUAUAAGCUGAGGUUGUUGUGUUUGUAUUUAACGUCAUGCAAUUAAAAUUUAUUGCAUUAUAAAGCUCAAGCAGAUGUUUUUUCAUGUUUAGACGUCACUGUGUAGCCAAGCUUAAUUUAUAAGCUCUGCAUUUCAAUAUAACAGCUCAUGAAAUGUUCAGAACUUAUCCUAUUGUAUGUUUUGCAUUUAAAUAUUUAUAUGUGGCCCUGUUCAGCCUGUGCUUUGUAAAUCACAAAAGGCCUGAGUUUUAUAUAUUUCUUUUUCAUUUAUAGAUUGUCUGCUAAAAAUUAUGACCUGUCUCCUGAUUGCUCAAGUUAUUUUUUUUUCCUUUGGAAUUGUUGGCAUACCACAUUGUUCUUUAUUCUUGCAAAUACCUAAGACAUCCUGCAUGUAACGCUGGUAUAUUUAAAACAUAGCAUUUUAACUGACUUUGUGCAUAUUUCUGCUUUCUAAUUAUUUCUUCUUUUUAGUUUAAAAAUAAAACUAAUGUUAAAAUUUCA